UCCCACCAGUCGCACCGAGAAAACUGUCAACGUUAGAAAAUGAAUCACGAAACUUCCUACCCGAUCGCGUUGGAAGGAGACAUCCUACGGGCCAAGUCAGACUCGGAUCAGUACCGUCUGAGCGUGGACAAUGCUCUGCUCAAUGGACGUAAUUUCCUCCAGUCCCAAAUCGGUGAAAAUGGUGACAAUAUGUUUGCCCUACUGUUGCGACUCGUUUCCCGGAUCCUGUCGGAUCGAUCCGAACACGGAGUGGCUCUGUUCGAGGAAUACUGCCGACUGGUUAAGCAGGGACACUUUAUCCAUCCGGAUUAUAGAAUCAGAGACGUGAAAGGACUCGAACACGACCGAAGGCUAACGUAUUCAAAAGAUCUGAUUCGACAGGUCGAGUUACUGGAAACAUCUCCUGAUCGAUCAUCUCCUCCUGGUACGGGGCCGACAAUCGCGCAACUUUCGUUGAUUUGGUCACAAAUUGGAUUCACUCUUCCGCCAACGUUGGACUACUUCAUCGAUCGUAAGCUGGAGUCAAUUCGACUUGGAGGUAAUCAAGUAAAACGGGUUCGUUUCUGGGGUGUCAUUCAUAACCUCAACUCCGACUACUAUAUAAUCGAGCUGGAACGGGACGAUCUGGAGGCGCUUCAACUGGAGCGUGAGUUGAGCCGGGAAAAGGUCGAGCUGGCCAGUGAUAUUAUCUCCGGACUGUUGCGAUCCUGUGUCUCCGAUGACUCGAUUGUAUCCGACUGGUGCGGAGCGGAAUCGAUGGUGGCGGACAUGUUGGAUUUCAUACUUGAGGACGCGAUUCCACCUAACACUGAUGAGGAUCUGGCGGCGAUCGUGGCUUUUCCUACGAUGGAAGCAAUCCUUCAGGAAGCCAUUGACGUCGCCCAGGAACCGGAGGUGGAACUCAGCGUCAUGGGAAGCUUGGAUGUGGUUUCUUGUAAUGCGACCGUAUCCGGUGUGUCCGAACUGAGUUUGGAUGGGUUGAAAUUCGUAGCGGCCAAAAAGUUGCUGGAAGUUAAAAUGAAUGCAUUACGGUAUUUUGUCUGCCAGGAUCCCAUCAAAGAGGAUUGGAUAGAGCUGCCAGGAAUAAGUUUGGAUAAAAUUAAAGCUUCUUGCGAUUUAAGAUCGUAUUUCAAAGGUGAUCUUGCAGCGCCGAUCGGAGGCAGCAUAGGACGGAAGUUUUUGUCUCACGAGAAAGACUACCUAAGAGCGGUAGUAGCUCGGAUUAGUAUGGAUCAGGUUUCGAGGGCUUCCGGAUCACUUUUAUUUUCUAAGCGGGAUGUGUCUGUGUACUACAGAGAGACGAGGCUUGACCGUGACUGGAGCGUGCGGAAUCUCAACGGUCGACAACCAUUACCAAAAAUUGUUUGGCAUCGGUCCAAACGAUGGCCGGGUUCGUUUAGUUUCGAAUCGGAUCACAUUUAUCACGGUUGGGGACAGGAGGAAAGCUGGUCAGAGGAAAGUCAAGCUGCUUCAAUAUGA